CCUCCCAGGGAGAACUCCCACCAGUUCCAUUCAGAUGGAGACUCUUGCCUCUCUUCUAGAAAGAAUAUACACCACAUGGGUGAGCCUCAGCUCCACUAUGUGGGUGAUGGACAUGAUCCUUGCCUUUGUGUGUGGACUGGGGCUCUACCUCCUGUUACUUCCCUUCCUUGAGAGUCAUCUAUCUUCACCUCUACCAAAUAUAAAGUUCACCAAAAAGCCUCACCUUCAGAUGACCUGGCAGAGCUGGUGCAGGAAAAAGUUUAGGACUCAUUGUAGGAAAGAUCCCAAAGCUUGGGGAGAAUGCCUGAAAAAGCUGAAAGAAAAAGGAAAAGAUGGAUUAUUUCUAGAAGAAAUUAGCCCAGGACACCAUUUGAAUUCUUUAGGGAACAUGUUUAAGUCACCAAGUACUAAGCAAGACAGCACUACUCUGCCACCUUUCUGGAACCUGAAAGAAAAAUCAGAGCAGCAGAUGGCCAUUCAGAAACUAUCAUAUCCCAAGAUUUUGGGGGACCAUUUUCAACAGAAAUACAACCAGCUUUUCUGGGGUCUCCCUUCUCUGCACAGUGAAUCUCUAGUGGCUGCUGCCUGGAUCCCCCAGACUUCUACUCUCACUUCUCCCUUUUUCUUAUUCAAUGCCAUCUCAAGUGGUUAUCCAGUUCAAAUGCAGGCUCGAAUGUCUUCAGUGCUUUCCCACACACAUCCCCUGUCCUACCUGGAUCUCCAAUCUCCACCCUUAAUACUGUCUCCACCCGAGUUCCAGCCCCCAACUUUGAAUCAAGUCACUCUUCAAUCCCCUCUUCCAGCCCUACUGCCCUCUUCUCUAUCCUCCUACACAAGGGAUUAUGGAACAUCUUGUUCUCAGUCACAAAGUAAGCCACAGUGUCUCCCUACUGAAAUACAAUACAGGGAAAGGCACUCAGUGACAAAACAACUAGAAAGUAGAUUGGUUUUACCCUUGAUGGUCCAGAGACCUCAAGAAGUCUAUGAUGUCUUGACCUCCAACAUUUCCCAAGACUUGGCAGUCUCUAUCCUUCCUGACAAUUUUCCAAUCAGCUGUGAGCUCCGGGAGAAACUGGAGCAGCACAUUCAAAAGUGGCUCAUUCAACACCGAUGGGAUCUUCCUCGGAAGAUCCAAGAAUCUCUGGAAGUGAUGCAGCUUCAGAGCACAGUAAUAGAGAGUUGUCAACCCAGAGACAGACCUGGCCCCUCAAGACCCUUUGUGUCUAUGGGUGAACAUAGCAUGGAUGGCCAGAAGGUGAGAUUCAAGCUAGAAAGGGAAUCUGGUAAGAAUUUGGGGCCUAUUCUAGGAAAGAUCUCAAAACAUCCAAUCAAGCACUUGGAAAAAAGUCCAGUAAAGGUAGAAGGGACAAAUCUUUCCGAGUCAGAAAGAAAUCCAGUAAAGACCUUGAAGAGUGACUCCAGAAAUAACUUAACCAAAUGCAUAGACGAGAAUCUAGAAAAUGGCCUGAAAGCUCAUUUGGGCACAAAGUCAGGGCAAAUCAAUCAAGGUCUGAUCCCUCUGAGUGUGCGUCGAUCCUGGCUUGCUAUGAACAAUGGAUUUACCACGUCUGACACCCAUAUGGAAACUAGAAACUUAGCAUCCUCGAAGAGUUCAGAAAAGUCUGUGAGCUCUUUACAGAAGCUUGCCUUUCUUGAUCCAGGCAUUCAACAGGCCCUGGAGGCACAUGUUGUAAGGUUUUGGGUGAAGCACAGGUGGGGCCUUCCCCUCAAGAUACUCAAGCCCAUAAAUCUCUUUAAGUUGAAAAGUGGUGAGUCCUGGCCCAUUGCACUGUAUGCCCCACCCUCCUCAUCCUCUGUAUCUGAGACCAGUUCAGCAGUUGAGGUAGUCGGAUUCCUAGGAAAACCAUGUCAGACAUGCUUGAGAGAGGUGAUAAUUAAGGAUUCUUCUCCAUCACUAGGGAGUCUUCUCCUUGUCUCCUCUCCUUCCUGUAAGGAUAUUGAGAAAGCCCUGGGAGUGUUUCCAUCUGGUGUUAACCAGGAGCCUUCAAAGACCCCACCAACCAAACCAGAGAGCAGGCAUCAUUCUGAAACUCUCACACAUAAGUUCAUGGAUAUACCCUCUCAGAGUGGGACUGUCUUAGAGAAAGAGAGAGAGACCCAAGAAGUCCUUUUACUGCCUAGAAGGACUAGUGUUCAAAAUGCAGGGGCACACAGCCACCAGGCAAAAGUUGUUAGUGAGUUUCCACAUAAUGUGGAGACAGAAUCAACAGGCCAGCCACAAGUCUACACUGCUGCUGUGCUCCUUCCAGAGCGUUCCAGGAGCGUGCUUCUUCCUGCAGACACUUUGACUUCACAGGUGUUAGGUGACAUUGUGGUGGCAGGAGGAGGCAAUAGCCUGGUGCAGCAGAAACCCAGUACUCCAAAGCAUCAAGUCUCACAGAAGAGCCAAAUCAAGGUGUUGGCCCCUACUUAUCAAGAUGAGUACACUAAAAGACAGAAUAAAAGAAAGCAUGAAGAAGGGUCCAAGUUCACCAGAGUCAAGGAGAAAGAAGACAAAUUUAGAAGUAAACACUAUCAGUCCCUUCCAAAACCCACACAAGUUCCUCCAGAAAGCCCCUUUCAAAAACUUGUGAGCCGCUUUCUUCGGUGGAUUCAUCCCAAGAAAACAAUCAAGGGGCAGGAAUCUUCUCCCAAGAAAGGUAGGCCUACAGCAGGUACUGCCCAGAGUCAACAGAGGCAAGUGAAAAAGAAACCACACGUGGACAGCAAUGUUGCUGAGGCCCAGGAACUUAUGUCAGCUGUUGGAGAGAUGUUAGAAAAGAAAAUAAUGCUGCAACGUAAACUCUGUGCUUCAAAGUUUGACAAGCACAGAGAAACUCCUCCACCCCCCGUGUCUCAGUCUUCCUAUGGCCACAAGCCAGCCUCCUACUCAGAACAAAGGAGAGCACCCAGUCACCCAGUCAAUUCCUCCUGUCAGAAGUGUCCUAUACAGGACAAGGACAUCAGAGACAAACCAUCUCAAAAAACUGUACGAUUUAGCAGUGAACCACAGACCCCUCAGAAUCCUAACCUUGUGUCCCCUAACUCAAGUAUGAACCUAGUGAGUUCCUCCCAGAGUGGAACAAUAGUGCCAGGUGUCUCAAGUCACCAUCUCCACUGUCCUAGGCACUGUGUUCUUCGAAGGAGUGUCUGUAGCCACCUAGAAAAUUCCUCUCUAGUUUUUUCUAGUAGGAAAACAUAAUCAAAAGAAAAAAAAUAGUCCAUGUAAAAAUUAUUUUUCUCACGUUAGUACAUUCAAGAUAUUUAAUGUAGCCCAAAAUACAUGUUUUUUCCCCUUAUAAAAGGGUAAUGGUU